CGCGAGCCCCGCGCCCGGGCACGGAGCGCACAGUUUGCUCCUCUGCACCUCCCGGGGCAGAGGUCCUCCCCUGCAGGGCUCACUUCUCGCCUGAAGCCUCAGACCCGGGGAGAGGCGAUUCUAGAGAAUGGGGGUGUCCGGGUAUGUGUGUGUGUGCGACCCCCGCUCUCUCCUCCUAGGGUGGGCGUAGUACUGGGGGAAAUGGUGGAGCGGUGGGGCAGUCCACCCUUACCCGGGGAUUCUGCCACCGCCUUUUUUAAAGGCAGGGAUUACUGUUUUAAGGAGGGCACAUUACGGUGAGGGGGCGAUUUCUUUUUCUUUCUUUCCUCUGAACUAGUGGGGAGAAGGAGAAAUAGCAGGAAUCAAAGUCUUCGCGGCUGCCAUAGAGGAGGGGGAUUGUUUGGGAGACCGUUCCAUGGCAGAAUCAGAGCUCGCAGUUCAGCUGCGGAAAUCUGGUGUGCUUAACGCACACAUUCAUUCCGUAGGGAAGGGAACGCAUAAUUUAUAAUGAAGAGUCAAAGUUGUAGGAAACAAUUUUAAAAAGAAAGCCACGAACAAACCAAAGAUGCUUUGCUUUCCCAUAGAUUUAUUGUAGCUUUUACAUAGGUGUGUAGAAAACUUGCAUUGCUUCUCUGGACGUUGAUUUUCAUUUAAAAUCACUAACAGGUGAAGUCAGUUUUUAAGUCUUAGGCUUAGUGAAUCUUGAACACCAGGUGUGAAGUUGGCUUUCAUUAAUUGGGUGUUCGAGAUAGUAGUUCCAUUCUCCAAAACCAGGACUAUCAAGGAUCCACUUGUAUUGUUUCCAGUUCGCCUCCCAGUACGCUACUUGCCAAAUAUCUCCUCUGUGUUCUAAAAUUCUCAGAGUAAUCCCCCGCAGCCUAAUCUACUGUUUGCACCUUAAUUAUCUGGGAAGAUUCCUGAGGGAUUGUUCAACCUGUAUUUUCUCUUAAAGUUUCAUAUAUAUGUUUUUAUAUAUAUAUAUAUAUAUAAUGUAUAUAUUUACAUGCCCAAAGACAGUGCCAGGGACUUAACAGAGUGGAGCUCAUGCAUUUUGAACCUCUCAGAGGCUAGUAACUGCUUAUAACUUGAGACAGAUUUUCCGUAAGAUUUACUGAGCUACAAAUGUGGACUUUACCCUUUGGUGUAUUUUUUUCUAACUAUCCUGUAGCACAUCUGUGGGGAGUUAGCUCAACCAUAGAUACUCCUGACCAUUUUGACUAUUUUUUCUCUGUUUCAAAGUGCACGCACCAGCCGCUCAACUUGAGUAAAACAAGGAUGAUAUACCAAGACUUGAAACAUUGUAAUUUAAAGGGAUCCGUAGAUGAUAAUAACUUAAAGAUUAAGUUGUAUAUGUAAUAUGAUAAUAUACAGGAAAAGGCUUAGCAUCUUACUUUGAAUAUAUAUUCUGUGUUAUGCCACAGAUAGUAUAGCAAAAAGAACACAUUUUUCAAUGCUCCAUGUCUGACUUGCUGAAACAGACAUCCUAAAUGGACAAUAAAAUUUUGCCUACCUCCCACAUUCCAUAAUUAUGUACUGUACUUUGCUUUUCAAUGGAGCCAGCAAUUCUGUGGCAGAUUUCUUAAAUUCACCCUCAUGCUAUCAGCUAUUAUUGUACUUUCAAAGUGUGAAAUUGACAAGCUGGUCAGUUUCAUGAAUUCAGCUGUCAGAUUGUGUCCAGUUAAAAAUUGCUAAAAGCUGUAAAUGUGCCUGCCUGGAAUUUUCUUUUGUGAAGGAAGGACAGCAAGGAGAUGGGGGAUUAAUGGGUGUUAUUAAUUGUAGAUCUUUUACAAUAGGUGCACUCCAGUGUAAGUUGUAUCACUGGCUGUUAUUGGGAAAUAGUUAGAUUUUUACUCCUGUAAAAGUGGCAUUCAAUUUUCAUCUGUAUCUUAUUUUAAAUAUUGAGUACUUUACAUAGAAAUCAUCUGUUCUUAUGGCUCUCAGUAAUAGGAAUAAGAAUCAAAAAGGAACAGUGCCUCUCAAAUAUAUUUUAAUAUCGUUGAGUAAUAUAUUACUUUUGCAUGACACGUAAAGAGGUGGAUGAAUUAAACAUUUUAUUGUGUAGGUUAUGUAACACAGAUUCUUCUUGUGCCAGAGCAGUUGUGCAGUUACUCAAGUAAUGAAAUGCAGCAAUUUAUUUUAAUAUAUGUGCAUUAGGUAGAUAACCAUCGAUGUAAAACUGCUUAAAGUAUUAAACACUGUGAUUUGAUUUGCCUUUUAAGAUUGACACUCAUUUAAAUCCAGAAUAUCUCAAAGUCUAGAACUAAGAAUUGGAAUCCCCUCAUCUGCUGCUAUUUGCUAAGCCACUAGGGGCCUGUAUAACUGUUCUUAUAUCUAGGAGGUAUCCUGGUAUGGCAUGCAAACCCUUCCUGGAGAGACAUUAAAAAAGAAAAUUCAAGUAGGCAUUCCCCAAGUUUUUGUUUUUGUUUUUUGUUUUUCUUUUUAAUGCAUUAACUCAUACUCUGAUACUAGUUAUAGACGAUGAUUGAAGACUGCUAUUUUAAGAAUGGUAUUUAGGGCUUUUCUGACACUAUGAUUUUUCAUAUAGAGUGUGAAAAAUAGGAAAGAGUAGUGGUAUUGGUGCAAAUUUAUAUGUGAUUCCAGUUCUCAGUGUAUGGCAAAGAUAAACAAGAAGGAACAUUAAUAAUUUUUCUUUAUUGGACUGAUAAGGAUGUUAUUUGCAUAAUGUAGGGUUAAAAGAUAAAUGAAGCAAAAUUACUUUAAGGGAAGUGUAGGCAUAGAUUAAUGGUGUGAUUAAACUAGCUUUGUAAGCACUGUACAAGUUUGUAUGGAAGGAGAAUCUGAGGCUGCGACCACAGUUUAGUCAGCAUUUGAGGGACCUGGUCUGAAGACGCUAUACAUUUUUAAGUGUCAGUUUCACAGAUUUGAAAUCGACCAGCCAUGGCAAUCUUGAGAGACAUUAGGCAAUAAGGUCAAGUAUACUUAAACUGUUCUUUUGUUGAUUUUCAGUUUUUCAAACUGACAAGGGUGACUAUUUGUAAAAGAGCACAACUGCUCUGAAAGUGUUCCAGCUGAAAUUUCAGAUCGGCCAGACUUGCUGCGGCUCCGGAGGCAGUGAUUCCAAGCUGCUCGCGCACGCUGCUGCCAAGCUGCAGGAUGGUGCACGUAGCCAGGCUGCUGCUGCUGCUCCUCACUUUCUUCCUCCGCGCGGAUGCUGAGACACCUCCAAGGUUUACACGAACACCCGUUGAUCAGACAGGGGUCUCUGGCGGAGUUGCCUCUUUCAUCUGCCAAGCUACGGGAGACCCAAGACCUAAAAUUGUGUGGAACAAAAAAGGAAAGAAAGUCAGCAACCAGAGAUUUGAGGUAGUAAUAGAGUUUGACGAUGGGUCUGGAUCAGUUCUCAGAAUACAACCCUUACGGACUCCGAGGGAUGAGGCCAUUUAUGAAUGUGUGGCCUCAAAUAAUGUGGGAGAAAUAAGUGUAUCCACCAGACUCACCGUUUUACGGGAAGAUCAGAUUCCCAGGGGCUUCCCUACCAUUGACAUGGGCCCACAGUUGAAGGUGGUUGAACGUACGCGCACGGCCACCAUGCUUUGUGCAGCCAGUGGCAAUCCGGAUCCAGAAAUCACUUGGUUUAAAGAUUUCUUACCCGUGGACACAAGCAACAACAAUGGUCGUAUUAAGCAGUUACGAUCAGAAUCUAUUGGUGGUACACCAAUAAGAGGAGCCCUUCAGAUUGAGCAGAGUGAAGAGUCUGACCAAGGAAAAUAUGAGUGUGUUGCCACCAACAGCGCGGGCACUCGCUAUUCCGCUCCUGCCAAUUUAUAUGUCAGAGAGCUGCGAGAAGUUCGCCGUGUCCCACCAAGAUUCUCUAUCCCACCCACUAACCACGAAAUCAUGCCAGGUGGAAGUGUUAAUAUCACCUGUGUGGCCGUGGGGUCACCAAUGCCUUAUGUAAAGUGGAUGUUGGGGGCAGAAGAUCUGACACCUGAAGAUGAUAUGCCAAUAGGAAGAAAUGUGCUAGAACUGAAUGAUGUAAGACAGUCAGCAAAUUACACCUGUGUUGCCAUGUCGACACUAGGUGUCAUUGAAGCAAUAGCACAGAUCACUGUCAAAGCCUUACCCAAACCUCCAGGAACUCCUGUCGUGACCGAGAGCACAGCUACAAGCAUCACAUUGACGUGGGACUCUGGGAACCCGGAGCCUGUGUCUUACUACAUCAUUCAGCAUAAACCUAAAAACUCGGAGGAACCUUACAAAGAAAUUGACGGGGUGGCGACCACACGCUACAGCGUCGCUGGACUAAGUCCCUACUCGGACUAUGAAUUCAGGGUUGUUGCUGUCAAUAACAUUGGGCGGGGGCCUCCCAGCGAACCUGUGCAAACACAAACCUCAGAGCAAGCGCCAUCCAGUGCCCCGAGGGAUGUCCAGGCACGAAUGUUGAGUUCGACCACCAUUUUGGUACAGUGGAAGGAACCUGAAGAGCCAAAUGGACAGAUCCAAGGAUAUAGAGUUUAUUAUACAAUGGAUCCCACUCAGCAUGUCAACAACUGGAUGAAACACAAUGUAGCUGACAGCCAAAUCACUACUAUUGGCAGCUUAGUGCCCCAGAAAACAUAUUCUGUCAAAGUCCUGGCUUUUACCUCAAUUGGAGAUGGCCCACUUUCAAGUGACAUACAAGUCAUCACUCAGACCGGAGUACCAGGGCAGCCACUAAACUUCAAAGCAGAACCUGAGUCUGAAACAAGUAUUUUGCUCUCUUGGACACCUCCACGUUCAGAUACCAUUGCCAACUAUGAACUGGUCUACAAAGAUGGGGAGCACGGAGAGGAGCAACGAAUUACCAUUGAGCCAGGGACAUCAUAUAGGUUGCAAGGACUGAAACCAAACAGCUUAUACUACUUCCGUCUGGCUGCACGCUCUCCCCAAGGCCUGGGUGCUUCUACUGCGGAAAUAUCAGCUAGAACCAUGCAGUCAAAGCCGUCAGCUCCUCCUCAAGACAUUAGUUGCACCAGCCCAAGUUCCACUAGUAUUUUGGUAAGUUGGCAACCUCCACCAGUGGAAAAACAGAAUGGCAUUAUCACUGAAUACUCCAUCAAGUAUACUGCAGUGGAUGGGGAAGAUGACAAGCCUCACGAGAUUUUGGGAAUUCCUUCGGACACUACCAAAUACCUUUUGGAACAGCUGGAAAAAUGGACUGAAUACCGGAUCACUGUGACGGCCCAUACGGAUGUCGGCCCUGGCCCUGAGAGCUUGUCCGUGUUGAUUCGAACCGAUGAAGAUGUUCCUAGUGGUCCUCCUCGCAAAGUCGAGGUAGAGGCUGUCAACUCAACAUCUGUUAAAGUCUCAUGGCGCUCACCUGUGCCCAAUAAACAGCAUGGCCAGAUAAGAGGAUACCAGGUGCAUUAUGUGAGAAUGGAAAAUGGUGAGCCCAAGGGCCAGCCCAUGCUGAAAGAUGUCAUGCUGGCUGAUGCACAGUGGGAAUUUGAUGAUACUACUGAACAUGACAUGAUCAUUUCUGGGCUCCAGCCUGAAACUUCCUACUCCCUUACCGUCACAGCCUACACAACCAAAGGAGAUGGCGCUCGCAGCAAGCCCAAACUGGUGUCCACCACUGGGGCAGUUCCAGGGAAACCUCGACUUGUGAUUAACCACACUCAGAUGAACACUGCUCUCAUUCAGUGGCACCCUCCCGUGGACACAUUUGGACCUCUUCAGGGCUACCGUCUAAAAUUUGGCCGCAAGGAUAUGGAGCCACUUACCACUCUUGAGUUCUCUGAAAAAGAAGAUCACUUUACAGCUACAGACAUCCACAAAGGAGCAUCAUACGUCUUUAGGCUCUCAGCCAGAAACAAAGUGGGCUUUGGGGAGGAGAUGGUGAAGGAGAUUUCCAUUCCCGAAGAAGUACCAGCUGGAUUCCCUCAAAACCUUCACUCAGAAGGCACCACUUCAACCUCCGUCCAGUUAACUUGGCAACCACCUGUCCUGGCAGAGAGAAAUGGCAUUAUCACCAAGUAUACCCUUCUUUAUAGGGAUAUCAACAUCCCCCUUCUUCCAAUGGAGCAGCUUAUUGUUCCAGCUGACACCACUAUGACACUCACUGGCUUAAAACCAGAUACCACAUACGAUGUAAAAGUACGUGCUCAUACGAGCAAAGGGCCCGGGCCAUAUAGUCCCAGUGUCCAGUUCAGGACACUGCCUGUGGAUCAAGCAGUGUUUGCAAAAAAUUUUCAUGUCAAAGCAGUAAUGAAGACUUCUGUGUUGCUGUCUUGGGAGAUUCCAGAGAAUUAUAACUCCGCCAUGCCUUUCAAAAUUCUUUAUGAUGAUGGGAAAAUGGUAGAAGAAGUGGAUGGCCGAGCCACACAGAAAUUAAUUGUCAACCUGAAGCCUGAGAAGUCAUAUUCAUUCGUGCUGACAAAUCGUGGAAACAGCGCUGGUGGGCUGCAGCACAGGGUCACAGCAAAGACUGCGCCCGAUGUAUUACGUACCAAGCCUGCCUUCAUUGGGAAGACCAACUUGGAUGGCAUGAUUACUGUGCAACUGCCUGAAGUACCUGCAAAUGAGAAUAUAAAAGGUUACUACAUAAUAAUUGUGCCUUUGAAGAAAUCUCGUGGGAAAUUUAUCAAGCCAUGGGAGAGUCCAGAUGAAAUGGAAUUAGAUGAGCUGCUUAAGGAGAUAUCUAGGAAACGCAGAAGCAUCCGUUAUGGGAGAGAAGUUGAAUUAAAGCCAUAUAUUGCCGCUCACUUUGAUGUCCUUCCCACUGAGUUCACCCUGGGGGAUGACAAGCAUUAUGGUGGAUUUACAAACAAGCAACUCCAAAGUGGUCAAGAAUAUGUCUUCUUUGUGUUAGCAGUAAUGGAACAUGCAGAGUCUAAGAUGUAUGCAACCAGCCCGUACUCUGACCCUGUGGUGUCAAUGGACCUGGAUCCACAGCCAAUCACGGAUGAAGAAGAAGGCUUGAUCUGGGUUGUAGGUCCGGUCCUUGCAGUGGUCUUUAUCAUCUGCAUUGUCAUUGCUAUUCUUCUUUAUAAAAGCAGUAAACCUGACAGGAAGAGGGCAGAGUCUGACUCUAGAAAGAGCAGCAUACCGAACAGUAAGGAGAUCCCUUCACACCACCCAACAGACCCUGUAGAACUGAGACGCCUUAACUUUCAAACACCGGGUUCAGAUGAUUCCGGUUACCCUGGUAACCUUCAUUCUUCAAGUAUGGCUAGCCAUCCUCCAAUACCUAUCUUGGAACUUGCAGACCACAUUGAAAGAUUGAAAGCAAAUGACAAUUUGAAGUUUUCCCAGGAAUAUGAGUCAAUUGACCCUGGCCAGCAGUUCACAUGGGAGCAUUCAAACUUGGAAGUAAACAAACCAAAGAAUAGAUAUGCGAAUGUGAUCGCAUAUGAUCAUUCCCGGGUUCUCCUAUCAGCUAUAGAAGGAAUCCCAGGAAGUGACUACGUGAAUGCCAACUACAUAGAUGGCUAUAGGAAACAAAAUGCCUAUAUUGCAACACAGGGAUCUCUCCCCGAAACAUUUGGGGACUUUUGGAGAAUGAUAUGGGAGCAACGGAGUGCCACAGUUGUCAUGAUGACAAAACUAGAAGAAAGAUCAAGGGUGAAGUGUGACCAGUAUUGGCCCAGUAGAGGCACUGAAACCCAUGGACUGGUUCAAGUAACGCUGCUUGAUACCGUGGAGCUGGCCACAUAUUGUGUUCGAACGUUUGCACUUUACAAGAAUGGUUCCAGUGAGAAGAGAGAAGUGAGACAAUUCCAGUUCACCGCCUGGCCUGAUCAUGGUGUUCCAGAGCACCCCACACCUUUUCUAGCUUUCUUACGUCGAGUCAAAACCUGCAACCCUCCCGACGCUGGUCCGAUGGUUGUGCACUGCAGCGCGGGAGUUGGCCGGACUGGGUGUUUCAUCGUCAUAGAUGCCAUGUUAGAAAGAAUAAAGCAUGAAAAAACUGUAGAUAUUUAUGGCCAUGUAACUUUAAUGAGAGCCCAGAGGAAUUACAUGGUUCAAACAGAAGACCAAUACAUCUUUAUCCAUGAUGCACUGUUAGAAGCAGUGACUUGUGGAAAUACCGAAGUGCCAGCUAGAAACUUGUAUGCCUACAUUCAGAAGCUGACACAAAUAGAAACAGGAGAGAAUGUCACAGGAAUGGAGCUUGAAUUUAAGCGUCUAGCCAGCUCAAAAGCUCACACCUCAAGAUUUAUCAGUGCCAAUCUUCCAUGUAAUAAAUUCAAAAAUCGCCUUGUUAAUAUUAUGCCAUAUGAAUCCACAAGGGUAUGCCUGCAGCCUAUCCGUGGAGUAGAAGGAUCUGAUUACAUCAAUGCCAGUUUUAUUGAUGGAUACAGACAACAGAAAGCAUACAUCGCUACCCAGGGGCCCUUGGCAGAGACCACUGAAGACUUCUGGCGGAUGCUCUGGGAACACAAUUCCACCAUCGUUGUGAUGCUCACCAAGCUGCGUGAAAUGGGCAGAGAGAAAUGCCACCAAUACUGGCCAGCAGAAAGAUCUGCAAGAUACCAGUACUUUGUUGUGGAUCCCAUGGCCGAGUACAACAUGCCGCAGUAUAUCCUGAGGGAAUUCAAGGUCACAGAUGCCAGGGACGGCCAGUCCCGAACAGUAAGGCAGUUCCAGUUCACUGACUGGCCAGAGCAAGGAGUGCCAAAGUCCGGAGAAGGAUUUAUUGACUUCAUCGGCCAAGUCCAUAAAACAAAAGAGCAGUUUGGCCAAGAUGGACCCAUUUCAGUCCAUUGCAGCGCUGGCGUGGGAAGAACUGGAGUCUUCAUAACACUAAGCAUUGUUUUGGAAAGAAUGAGAUAUGAAGGAGUCGUAGAUAUCUUCCAGACUGUCAAAAUGUUAAGAACACAACGGCCAGCCAUGGUACAGACAGAGGAUCAGUAUCAGUUUUGCUAUCGAGCCGCACUAGAGUACCUGGGCAGCUUUGACCACUAUGCAACGUAGAAACCCCUGACCCAUUCCGGAUUUUUACUACAGGCCCUUCAAUAUCCAUGGAGUCUCCUCUGAGCCAUACAGGGCACUUGAGAAGUCCUUCUUAACUUCUAGCUAACAACUACUUAGUGGGACUAUUACACACAAAACAAAUUAAAAACAAAUUAUUACAGGUGGACCAAGAAUUCACAGUUUAAUAAUCUAACCUGAAUAAUUAUGGAGAGAAUCCUGACUGAUGAGGCAUCUGAAGGAUUUUAUUUACAGAUACCUCAAGGAUUCAAAAUCAAGGGAAGAAGACAUCACAGCAAAGAACCACCAUCUUAUUCAGGAUUGCUUGAAAGGCGCAAGGAGAAAUUGCCAGAAGGCUGCAGUUUGGCUCAAGAUGGUGCCAGUGUGGCUUCUCACAAUGAAAUGGACUCUGCUUUGACAUCACCCCUUCCCACCAUACAGCUCAUAAUAACAUUUUAGGGGGAAAGUGGGGGGGGGAUGUUUAAGAAGAAAGUCCUUGAUUUAGUUUUUUAGUAUUGUAAAGAUACUGCUGACCUGUGCUUCAUUUCUAACUGUGUAAACUUUUUUUUAACAAAAUGUAUCAUUCGAUAAAGUGAAUUUUAAAAAAGUGACAUAACUUCAUUUUUUAUUUCCAAAUCGUAGGUUUUUUUAAGCUGUAGAACUGUUAUCUGUAAUAUCUUGCUGUAGAAAUCUCAAAUAAUUUGAAAAUUUGCACAUUUUUGUGCAAUACUCAAUCUACAGUAUCAGUCUCGUCAGAUAUAUUACUUUUACACUUCUGUUCUGUUUUGAUUGGUGAGAACGUACCCAUUCUCUUCAAAUAAAGAGAAUUAUUAUUUUGUUUUGUUUUUGGAAUCAACAGGGAGGCGCAAAGUAUAAAGUUGCUGCUAACAUAUAUACAUAUAUAUCCAUAUUUUAUACGGGUGUCUAUGUAUAUAUAGACAGUUUGUCCACACAAAAAGUAGAUACAGCUAUCAGUCAGUUCUUCCAUUAUUUGGUUUUUUUUAAACGUAAAAAAGCUAUUGUAAACAUCUCUUUCCAUUUAUUCUUAAUUUUAUGACACAUUGGUAUUUCUUACUAUCACAAAACUUUCAUUUUUUUAAGGGAAACGAGGAAUGCACAUCAGUGAUUGUCAAACCUCACCCCCUAACUUCCUACCCAAUCUGCCCCCCACCCACCCAAUCAUAUUCACAAAUUCUGUUUCGUUAGCCAGGCUUCCAACAAAGUUCAAUAUUUCUAACACUCUAGUGCAAUAAAAAUUAUUAAAUAGCUAAGAGGUGUGCAUGUGGGAAAGGUCAGUGCAUAUCCCUUUAGGAGGGGAGAAUGUUGUAAUAUAUCAGCCUAUCAAGUUGUUUAAAAAAAGUGUAUUCAAUCGUAUAUUGUCUAUAGUAUGUGCUAUGAAAUUUGCAUUUAUGAUAUGUAACAGGGGCAAAGCCAAAUUCAUGUUACUCUGUUCAGUCAGAAACAUUUUGUGGCAUACAGCAUUCCUGGGAAGUGCUGUACUUUGUUUCGUUUUGGUUUUAGUUUUGCAUUUAGAGUGCCUUAUAAUUGAUGCCUAUUUUAAUAGCAUUUCCUUUGAGCUUUUGGUUCGUAUUUCCAUUCACUGUUUGUAUCUGUUACUCUUUCUAUUAAAGCAUUAUCUGUUUACCACAUGUACAAAAACUCUUUGAAUAAUAUGCAUUCCUAGUUUUCAGCCAAGUCGGGGAUGUUAGUGAUUGUACCAGCCCAAAGCACUUGGAUAAUCAGGGCCCUUCUUCCUUUUAUAAUUGUCAACAUCAGAAAAAGCUACUUGUUUUAUUUAUAUUCCCUUCCAAAUCUGCUCUGGAACAUGCAGUAACUGCACCAAACUUAUUUUAGUAACAAGUGUCAUUGGCAACUUUGGAAUAUAUUUGAUAUUCCAUUAGGAUUUUUCUAAAAGGGGAAAUAAACCACAUAUAUAUAUAUAUAUAUAUAUAUAUAUAUCUCCCCCAAUUCUUCCAACAUAAUUUCUAUAGGAAGCCAUGGAUGAUGGCAUGAGUUUGCCACAUUUUACAUGAUUUUAAAUAAUCCUCAAAAUAUCCAAGGAACUCUUAAAGAGUUUUGGUAUGAGUAUACUACUUUGGUUUAAUUUUAGCUUCAUAGAUGUUCUGCAUGGAAGGAUUUUUAUUUUCCACAUUUUCCCAUUGCUAGCAGAAUGAAAUCCAAGAGACCAAACACUUGCAAGCAUUGUAUUUGAGCACUUUUGUAAAAAACAAAGAAAAAGAAAAAGAAAAAAAAGAAAAAGAAAAUAUAUAUAAUACUAAAAAAAAAGUAUCUAGAAGGCUACCUCAGAAUGAGACUCUCUAACCUACAUCAGAACCAGAGAAGAAUGUGCACUAUGUGGGUCUGUUAUCCUUUUCUUUUAGUUUGUAUCUUUUGGAGAUUUAUCCAAGUGCCAGAUUACUCAGUGCUAUACUUUUCUUUAAGUUAAACAAAGGGGGUCAGACAGACAUUGCCUCAUCUAGACAUGCCUUGUUGGACAUGUAGAAUCUGAUGGAGCAUUGCACACCAGAAAUGAUUGGCCAAUGAGCAGCUUCUCUCCCUGAAACAAAAACUGCCCAUUUGGCAAAGGGAAAGAUGACAAUAAUCAGAAGAAGAAAAUGAAUGGGAUGCAUACUGUAGACGAACGAGGCGGAGACUUGCAGGAAUCUUACUGUUCAGGAGCUGUUCCUAGAACUAACUCCCUUACUGUCAUUGAUGUGCAUUCCACUCUGUGCUUUUCUGUACAACCAUUCGAGUUUUAAUUUCCCAGGUAAACAUCUUUAUCUGCCAUUACCACAAGCUUUCAAGUUUCCAGUUAUUUUCAUCAUCAUAACCAGUACGGUGCUAUUAUUUACCUAUGUACGUGUAGUUAUGUAUAAUUUUGUAAUUAGUUACAAUGGUAAAAAAAAAAUCAAAAUAUAUAAAAAGUGAUUUGUACAGAACUUUAUUUUAGCUCUUUUUUAAAAAUGAUUUGCAUGGUUAGACAACGGCGAGGACAGCCAGGGGAGGGAAGGGCCUCUAGGGAACUUUGCACUUUCUAUACCUUUGUACUAUGCACUGCCCUAUUGAUUCUACACCCAAUAAUGAUAUUACUUGAACCCAUCUGUAAGAAACUGCUUCGGAAAUUCAUUUGUGUGUAUGUAAAUAACACGACAUAGAAACAGGAAGGGAAAAAAUGCACGUAUUUUUUUCUUUCCUGUUUAUUUUCAGUUUUGCUUCAAGUCCUUCCUUUUAUUUCUAAUCCCCUUUUUGUUUUUCUUUUUGGGUUUUGGUUCCUUUUGGGUUUAUGGGUGCCCUGAUACUCCAGCAGAGAUCAGAAGGCUACAGAUCCAUUCUAUCCAUCCGUUAUGUGGCUUUGCCAUCCCAGCUUGGAGUGUCUUUACAAAGAUAAUAACAGUUGUGUUCUUUGCUCUCGUUUUGGAUGCAUAGACUGAAAAACUUAAAAAAAUAACUUGUAAAAUGGCUUGUUAAAAAAAUACAAUUACCUCUAAUUAGUAGUACGCGUAAAUGUUUUACAGAAUGAAAGGCGUGCUUUUUAUUUUCUUACUUCGUUACAUUGGUGGCGAAAGAAGUCUGUAUGAAAAUCAGUUCUUUGCUGACACAAGUUCCAUUUGUUACAAAUGAAUUCUAAUAAAAAUGUCAGUGUUAUGCA